AUCUAAAUUUUUAUGCGAUAACCAAUUUAGCCGUUGGUCUUUUUUUGCUUGCAUUUCAGAUGUCGCUCUCUCUUUCUCUCUGCAAGAGGAGAAAUCGAGGAAGCGUCGGAUCUUUCUGAUUUCCCCGCUAUUUUGGACGCCUGAUAAUUUGAACCACUUGACUUCUUCUUGCUCUGGUUUUGGUUGAUUUCGUCUGGUUAUACACGAAUAAAACAGUUUCAUAAAAGAUUGCGGCAGUGUUUAAUAUGUUUGCUCAAGGAGUUGUGAGUUAAGCUCAGUCCCAGCUCAUUGGACUAAUAAGAGGGGAAGCGUCCUCCAGACUGCCUAAAUGGGUUAUUCCUUGAGCAAACCAAGCAUGAAAAACAACUCAUGUACACCUGAACAGGGAAGCAGCGUAGCUUCAUCAAGACUGGAUCAAGGUGUCUUCAAUGUUGACCAUGAGCUUUUUCAGCUUACUAAGCUGCGGUUUUUACCCUGUGAGGCAUUUAGUAAGGGAAUACUUUCAGGGAAGAAGCUGCCUAUAUCGACAGUAAAAAUGUUAUUUGGAAGAGAGGCAAAUUGUUCAGGACUGGGAAGAUUUUCCUUGGCAGACUGUUCCCAUAUUCUUGGCAGAUAUCUUCCUGUUUAUGGCCCAUGGCAAGUGGACAGAAUGGAUACACGAGUCUAUGUUUCUCAGUUCUCAGCUGAUGGUUCUCUCUUUGUUGCAGGAUUUCAGGGAAGUCAUAUAAGAGUGUAUGAUGUUGAUAAUGGCUGGAAAAUACGGAAGGACGUUCUGGCAAGAAGCUUGCGUUGGACAAUUACUGAUACAUCCCUUUCUCCUGAUAAACGCUUUCUUGUAUGUUGUCAUUUCAAAUUAGCAAUUAAUAAAUGUUCAUUGCUGUAAAGUUCUCAGAGCAA